GGUAUGACGUACGUGCGUGCCGACGUCAGCGCGCGCCCAGUCCGAGCGGAUCCUGCGCUACUGUUCGGCGCCUCUGUUCCCAUGGCGCUGUGGCGCGGCUCCGCCUGCGCGGGCUUCCUCGCGCUGGCCGUGGGCUGCGUCUUUCUGCUGGAGCCGGAGCUGCCGGGGUCGGUGCUGCGUUCGCUCUGGAGCUCGCUGCAGCUGGGACCCGCGCCACCGGGACCUCUGUCCCCCGAGGGCCGCCUGGCGGCCGCCUGGGACACACUCAUCGUGCAGCCGGCCCGGCGCUGGCGCCGCGUGGCCGUGGGAGUCAACGCAUGUGUCGAUGUGGUGCUGUCUGGUGUGAAGCUCCUACAGGCCCUGGGCCUGAGUCCCAGGAGUGGACAAGACCACACUGUUCUGCACUCCAGGAGUGACCUGGAAGAAGCCUUUGUCCACUUCAUGGGGCAGGGAGCAGCUGCUGAGCGCUUCUUCAGUGAAGAGGAAACCUUUCAUGACAUUGCCCACGUCGCAUCUGAGUUCCCCGGAGCCCAGCACUAUGUAGGAGGAAAUGCAGCUUUAAUUGGACAGAAAUUUGCGGCCAACUCAGACUUGAAGGUUCUCCUCUGUGGUCCAGUUGGUCCAAAGCUCCACGAGCUUCUUGAUGACAACGUGUUUGUCCCUCCAGAGUCACUGCAGGAAGCAGAUGAGUUCCACCUCAUUCUGGAGUAUCAGGCAGGGGAGGAGUGGGGCCAGUUUAAAGCUCCCCAUGCCAACCGCUUCAUCUUCUCCCACGACCUCUCCAACGGGGCCAUGAAUAUGCUGGAGGUGUUUGUGUCUAGCCUGGAGGAGUUCCAGCCUGACCUGGUGGUCCUCUCUGGAUUGCACAUGAUGGAGGGACAGAGCAAGGAGCUCCAGAAGAAGAGACUCUUGGAGGUCGUCACCUCCAUUGCUGACAUCCCCACCGGGGUUCCAGUUCACCUGGAGCUGGCCAGCAUGACGAACAGGGAGCUCAUGAGCAGCAUCAUGCAGCAGCAGGUCUUUCCUGCAGUGACUUCCCUCGGGCUGAACGAACAGGAGCUGCUGUUUCUCAGCCAGUCGGCAUCUGGACCUCACGCCUCUCUGUCCUCCUGGAAUGGCAUUCCUGAUGUGGGCAUGGUCAGUGACAUCCUCUUCUGGAUCCUGAAGGAGCACGGGAGGAGUAAAGGCCGAGCCUCAGAUCUCACCAGGGUCCAUUUCCACACGCUGGUCUACCACAUCCUGGCCACGGUGGAUGGGCACUGGGCCAACCAGCUGGCAGCCGUGGCCGCUGGAGCUCGCGUGGCCGGAACCCAGGCCUGUGCCACCGAAACCAUCGAUGCCGGCCGAGUGUCUCUGAGGGCACCCCAAGAGUUCAUGACUUCCUACUCAGAAGCAGGCUCCAGGAUCGUGCUGAAUCCGAUCAAGCCCAUGGCAGAGUGGCAGCGCGAGGGCAUAUCCUUCUACUUCACACCGGUGCUGGUGUGCAAGGACCCAGUUCGAACUGUGGGCCUCGGGGACGCCAUCUCGGCAGAAGGACUCUUCUACUCGGAAGUCCACUCUCCGUCUUAGGAAAGCAGUGAGUAGCGGGUCUGAGGAGUGGGCACCGGCCGACUGAAGGACUGCAGGAAGCACACAGCUCGGAGAACAGGAUGGAGGGUGUUAGUUCUAGAUCAAAUUGGAAGACAGCCAAAGAAACAGCAGGUUCAGCUCUACAGAUACAUUCCAGCCUGUUGGCAGGCCCAUCGGAACAUGUCAGGUUUUAACCAAGAUUUAGCUCUCUACUAAUAGGACUGGAUUUUUUGUUUUUUAUGUUGUAUGUUGCAGGAGUAAAAACUUCAAUUCCCGAAUCUCCAACUUCUGCAGUGUCAUCAAGUAUUUUAAGCCAAACUUCUUCGGCCUGGAGAGCUUGUCAGGCAGAGAAAGCACCCUCUCCCUGUGCACCGGAGAAGUGUCCUGGGCCUGAGGAGCCUGGUGGGAGGUGCUGGGGUCUCAGCUCGCUGCCCGUGGGCAGUCAUGGUUUCCGCUGAACGUGACAGUGACAGUGUCUAGUGAGCAUACCUUCUUGGUCUUCUGCUCUUGGACCUAGGUCAGAGCCACAGGUAGGGACAAAAUAGUCCCUGCCAUGGUUUAUGGUUGCAGGAGAAAUGUGAUCCUCAGGGAGCCUCCAAGCAGGUCGCUCUACAGGUGUCCGGAAGCCUGGAUGGUCCUGUGAGCAGAGGGACAUGCAGAGGGACGGUGCCUUCCUGCCUCGGUUCCUUGGGUUGGAGGCUGCCGUGGCCGGACUGCUGAACCUCCCCGCCCAGCUUGGCUGUCCUUUCUGCAGCAAAAGCGUGAUACUUAUUCUUUCUGAGCCUCGAAGGAGUUUGGUUUUACAACUGGAAUGUACAUCUGUGUCUAACAGACCGUGUGUAUGUUUUAUGUUGUCAUUGACGCAUCCAUUAAAGUUUGACCUCAAAAGAGCUCCGGGAUCAUGAAUAACUUUGUCAUGGUAUAUAUUUAU